CACGGGGGCCGCACCGGGCGCAUCGUUUCAGAAGAGCGGGAGAAAACGCGCGGCGCCUCUUUUAUUCCACGAGCUUAUUUAAAAUCGAAUCAUUUUAUCGGCCAACUUUGACGUUCGAACUUCAUCCCGUCGAGAUAUUUUAUAACGACCGAGCCGAGAACUGCGCGGCAAAUAAAAUCGAUCGACGAAAUUUUCAAAAUUUCAAAACGCUGGCCUAAAAAUACCGAAGACUUCAAAUUUUUCGAACGUCGUAUCCGAAAAGUUGAAAAUCGAAAGAUAUAAUAAUAAGUCGCCAGACCAGAGUCAAUCUCAGCCUACGACAUAGGCCCUGUUUCAAUAUUUGAAGUUCAAGAAUAAAAAACAAAGAGAGACAAAAAAUGGGGAAGAAAAGCGAAGGGGCAGAAUAAAAGGAAAAGGACGUUUGUAAUCCCAUUUCAAUUAUACUUAUGGACCGUUUGAAUACAUAAAGUUAGACGGGGUCGAAUCCGAGAGCCGUAGAGAUUAUACACUCAGAGGGGUGGUGGGGGUCAUUUCGUUAAUGACAAUCAAGAGGGUUUUAAUCAGUAGAGACUACUUCUUUAUUAACCUCAAGGAGGUUCUUUCGAAUCCAACCGAAGCGAUGGAGAAGAAUCGUUUUAUAAUUAUCCCGUUUUUAAUAAGGAAAAAUUUUUAUUCCAUCGCUUUUUGUCAAGUUUCAUUUUUUGGUUUCGCGAUUUUAUUUCUCGUUCACCACCUUACUGGAUCCUGAUCGAUUCGACGCGAUGUAAAGUUUUAGUGCGAGAUGAAAAAAAACAAUUAUUUGUCAAAGACUCCUCAUCAAUCGUUUGGUAAAUUAAUUUAUGCGAAGAACGUGAGUGCUAUCCAAUUGAUCGAAAUAAUUCAAUUUGAGAACGAAAAGUGCGCAAUAAUAAAAUAAAACAGUGUGUGCAAAUCGACUGAGACAAUUAUAAACUAAAUUGUGUGACAACUGGUGAAUGAAUGGUGUGCCAAAAAAAAUAUAUUUUCAAAAAAUCUGUAACGCACGAAAAUUGGGAUUGGAUUAUCUAUGAGCUGAGAUACCGGCGCAGAGGGUCGCCGAAUUUGAGAGCUGAAAUUUUUGGAUUUCGGACGGUCCCUUCUCUCCCCUUCCAUGAUCGUUUUUUUUCUCGUAUCGCGGAGUUUUCGUGUGAAAUUUAUCUAAAUAUUAUACCUUCCCGGAUGCGAUAUGUGCUUUGGACGCGACCGACUUCCAGCUGAAGGUCUCAACGAUCCGAGAGAUGGGGAGAACGAUCGUAGCGAUUUUCUUCUGUGCGUCAAACGCGUCGGUUGUCGGCUAUCGGGGGACAUUAUUAUGGUGAAAAGAAUCGUAUCGGCGCAAAAUUUGCCGCGGACGUCUCACGGUACAUCGAAAAUUGAUUCGCUAUCGGAAAGGAUCGCUUGCAAUUCGUCGGAAGAGAUAUCAAAUAUGGGGAUGCUUUUACCGGAUGAAACUUACGAGGAUCAGCGAAAUUCAUCAUCCAGGCGUAGUUCGUCGGACGCCGCUAGUUUGGGUAACGAUUGUUCGUCACUCGAGGAUAACGAGAACGAAAAUUACGACAACGAGGACAACGUAGAGACGGUAGACGCCGCGAAAGCUCUAGCCGAUCUCAAGAGGUGCGACGAUUUUUUGAAACACCACGGAAUACGACCGGAAUUCUUCUGCAGACACCGGGAGCGACUCGCCCUCCAAUCUUGGCUCCUUCAGAGGUCUUCGACGUCCUCGAAAAUUCCAUGCUCCGACGCUUCAUCGUCGAACGAGGCUGUCCACCUGCAGCAACGUUUGAGAAGUUUGAGCACGGAGCUCGUGACCCUAAGAAAUCGGCUGCACGUAGGGCAGCCUCCGAGUUCUGGCAAAUCACCUGAAAAAGGACACGGCGCGCCAGCGGUACCGCCAAGGACGACUCUGCCACCCCCGCCCACCGCCGUAUCCCACGGGGCCAACCAUCAACUGACCGCCAACACGAUCGGACACCCUCACAACAAUCAUUCCGCCAACAACAACAACAACAACAACAAUAACAACAACAACAACAACAACAACACAGCUAACAACAAUAACAACAACAACAACAAUGUGAACAACAAUAACAAUAGCACCAACAACAACAAUACCCUCGGACGUUCCUCGACGACGAACAAUGUCAUAGCCGAUCUGGAUUCCCCGAAGAAACGUCAUUUGGUACAGGAUGACGGGAUCGUGUCCUGCGUGACGGCGUUAGGCUGUUUACCGUCACCGCCUAUAACGAGCAUAAUAUCCGACGCUAGGAACGUUAAAACUUCGUCGUCAUCUUCCGCCCAUCAAAGGUGUCCCGUCAAAACUACGAAUACCUCGUCCACCGUCAAUAACAACAAUUCAACAAAUUUAGACGAUCUGAUACAUCUCUCCGGUCCGCUCACCGAAGAUGCUGUACUCAAAUGUCUCCAAGCUAGGUUCUGCGCCAAACAGUAUCACACCAACGUUGGCCCGAUACUCGUCUCCAUCAACCCGUAUACGGACGUUGGUAAUCCGUUGACGUUGACGAGCACCAGGACGGUACCUCUGGCACCGCAACUCAACAGGGUCGUUCAGGAGGCAGUCAGGCAACAAUCGGAGACUGGAUAUCCUCAGGCGAUCAUCCUUUCUGGGACGAGCGGUUCCGGUAAAACUUACGCCUCUAUGCUCCUACUGCGACAACUUUUCGACGUUGCCGGUGGCGGACCGGAAACGGACGCGUUCAAACAUUUGGCCGCGGCGUUCACCGUCCUGAGGUCGUUGGGUUCGGCCAAAACGGCCACGAACUCCGAGAGUUCAAGAAUAGGUCAUUUCAUCGAGGUACAAGUUACGGACGGCGCGUUGUACAGGACGAAGAUCCACUGUUAUUUUCUCGAUCAAACGAGGGUGAUCAGACCGUUACCGGACGAGAAAAAUUACCAUAUAUUUUACCAAAUGCUAGCUGGAUUGUCGCACGACGAAAGAGCUAAACUGAACCUGGAGGGUUACAAUCUGAAGAAUUUGAGAUACUUGCAACACGGAGACACCAGGCAAGACGAGGCGGAAGACGCGGUCAGGUUCCAAGCGUGGAAGGCGUGCCUCGGGGUACUCGGUAUACCGUUUUUGGACGUAGUCAGAGUUCUGGCGGCCGUUCUCAUACUCGGUAACGUCGGUUUCGCCGACGGACCGGGUGUGGAAGUCGGCGUGGUCGGGGAAAACGAACUCGCGGCCGUCGCCGCGCUCCUCGGCGUACCGCCGCCAGCUCUGCUCAGAGGUUUGACUUCGAGGACGCACAACGCCAGGGGACAACUGGUGAAGUCCGUCUGCGACGCGAAUAUGUCGAACAUGACCAGAGACUCCUUGGCCAAGGCGCUCUACUGCCGCACGGUCGCCACGAUCGUGAGGAGAGCGAACAGCCUCAAAAGACUGGGAUCCACACUGGGCACUCUGUCGUCGGACUCGAACGAAUCGGUUCACAAUCAGGCGGAGGUCACGAGUCAGCACGCCUCGACCAUCGGUAGUUCCGCAGGUGGAACGGGGUCCAGGAGUAUGGCGGCGUUGAACAACGCGGUUCGUCACGCUACCGACGGAUUCAUCGGUAUAUUGGACAUGUUCGGUUUCGAAGACCCGAAACCGAGCCAAUUGGAACACCUGUGCAUCAAUCUCUGCGCCGAGACUAUGCAGCAUUUUUACAACACGCAUAUUUUCAAAAGUUCGAUAGAAAGUUGCCGCGACGAGGGAAUACACUGCGACGUGGAAGUCGAUUACGUGGACAACGUGCCAUGCAUCGAUCUGAUCUCCUCACUGCGCACGGGUCUCCUGAGCAUGCUGGACGUCGAAUGCUCGAUAAGGGGAACGGCCGAGAGCUACGUUGCCAAGGUCAAGGUUCAGCACAAACAGAAUCCCAGACUAUUCGAGUCGAGAAUGGUCGACUGCAGAUCGUUCGGUAUUCAACACUUCGCCGGAAGGGUCGCUUACGACGCCUCCGAUUUUUUGGACACGAACAAAGACGUCGUACCCGACGAUCUUGUCGCCGUUUUUUACAAGCACACCUGCAACUUCGGAUUUGCGACGCAUCUUUUCGGUAGCGAAUUGAAAGCUCUUUACGCAAACGACACCGUACCGAGAGGAGUGAGCUUCAGGAUAUCGCCCACCUCGCACACAGACCUAUUGAACGGAGACGAGCCGAUAUCCACCCUGACUCAGGAUUUUCACACGAGACUGGACAAUCUUUUGAGAACUCUCGUUCACGCGAGGCCACAUUUCGUCAGGUGCAUAAGGAGCAACGGAUCGGAAACGCCGGUGCAUCUGGACCGCGGCGUGGCCAUGCGUCAGAUAAGGUCCCUCCAAGUUCUCGAGACCGUCAAUCUGAUGGCCGGAGGCUAUCCCCACAGGAUGCGUUUCAAGGCGUUCAACACCAGGUACAGACUAUUGGCGCCGUUCAAGCAACUCCACAGAGCCGAGGAACAGGCGGCCGAGGACACCAGAUUGAUACUGCAGAACGCGCAGCAGAUGAAGAGCAAAUUUUCGGCCAGCACUAGCUGGGCGAUGGGAAAACGUCACAUUUUUCUAAGCGAGGGAAUCAGGCAGCAACUCGAGGCGAUGAGGGCGGACACCAGACGCCGGGCGGCUACGGCUAUUCAGUCGAGCUGGCGGGGCUGGAGGAUCCGCAGAAGAUGGCCGAUACGGAGAUCGUUGAUCGGGGUUGGUUCUUCCGGCGUUGUCCAAAAAGCGCAUCAGACCUCAGCCGUAAACGGCGGGCAGAGGUCAGUCACUUCCGGUACCGGAACUUUGAACGGUACCGGGAACGGCGCCAGACCGAGGCCCCAACCGAUCGCCGGUACGCCGCCCCCGGAUCCGGCGGAAAAGUGCGCCGAUCAAAAAAUGAUCCAACAAACUUGCACGCUAUUCGGUCUGGACCUGGAACGUCCGCCACCCGUACCUCCCUCGAGGUCUUACACCGUCGCAGGUAACACGAAAUUGGGAUACCCCCAGACCAGAGUAAUGAAAACGCCGUUUCCAGAAGGAGGAGACGGCGAGGUGGUUUUGCUGAAGGGUGAGACGGUUCUUGUGGUCGGUGCGUCGCCCAGACGGGGACACCUUCUCGUCGAACACAACGGCGCUACACUUCACGUACCCUACCAAUUCAUGGAGCUGAAACCGUGCAACGUGAACGUUUGACGAGAGCGUAUCAUCGAACCACGACGCGAGUAUACAGGAGACCUGUACAGUUUUGUCCGUAGGGAAUAGAAAACGAUAGGGGAAGAGAGAAACCGAGUCGUACUUCCGGUAAUCCAAACCCGGCAAGUGCAAACCGUGUUUUAUAAGUACACACACACACAUUCGAUACACAUUUACAUACGUAUGUAUAUUCAAAUUAUAUAUAUAUAUAUAGAUCGCGGUUUACGCUUUACGAUGUUCGGUUUAUACGGACGUAUACGCGAUAUACGGGGCACGCUUCGCUGGCUAAUUGUUUGUGCAAAGUUGCAGGUAUAUCUGGAGUUAUACCGUGAGUUAAUUUGCUGCGAUAACUCCCCUCUCACGUUUCACCCGCUAGUUCCUACCGUUGCAUACGUAAAGUUCGAAACACUCAAUUCCAACGUAUACGAAUAUCACUUCGUUUAAUUACCCGAAAAGUACGACUGCGCGAUUGACCGGUCGACUUUUCGUGCCGAACGAAAAGAAAAUGGAAAAAAAAAAACAGACGAGAGAAAAAACUCGUUCGAAUUCGACUCCGAGGAGUAUUUAAUUUCUCGAGCACCUUCGUCCCGUUUAUUAACCGCGUGUACAAGGUUCGGGGAAAUUUCACUUCGGGUUGUAUACAACAUCAGCGGAGGGCAUUUCUCUCCACUUCGAAGUGCUCCUACCACAAUAACCUGCACCACCGCCGCCGCCGCCGCCGCAAUCUCUGCGGGGAAUAGUAAACCGUGCUUUAUUUUCUCCCAUAUUUUACUUGAUAACCGGUACUCUUCCUCGCAUUAUCAUCAUUGUGCCAUUUCGGUAGAAACGGGCGUCGGUACAGUCGAAAAGGGAAUUUUUAAGCUUUACAGCGUCGAAUUAUCCGACGAAAAAGAGCGUCCAGAAUCCGAGAAAAUAGAUUCUUUCGAAAGACUGUACUCAAGGGGGGUAUACAAACGGGAAACCCGAGGGCGGCGAUUCUACACUCGGCACAGUUUUCUCAGGCGAUACUUUUUCCCUCUUCCCGUUCAACUCCCGCCUAUCCUCCGGCUAGAAAUAAUUCCAGUUUUCGGUUCCUCCGGAGUCACCCGGUACGCUCGCCACUCGGUUGUGAGUACAGCUUUUCGAUUGAUCGAGAAAAGAGAGAAGUAAAGGAGAGUAAAGUAAACCGGGAGUAGAGAUGAUCGUAAAUUUACCAGUGAUAUUCCCGGGAAUAUAGUUGAACGAAUGAACGAACGAGAAAGGAAUAUCGCGACUUUUUUCGUGUACAACUAAAAAAUUACGAUAACCGGAUAUGAGAAUCUUCUAGAGUUCCAGGUUUGCUGGAUUCACGGAAAGUGUAUAUUAAAAUACCAGCCGACGAUAUUUCUCUCUUCAAAAAUUUUACCACAUUAAAUUACACUCGGUGUACAUCACCCACUUCGGCUGCAUCUUCAGACCCGCUACGUUUUAUAUUUUGUGAGUACCGUCGAAAAUAACCAUUUCAAUUUACGUAAAAAGUAUCUGUGUGAAUAAUAUAUAUAUAUAUAGGUACGUGCAUAUUUUUCACGUCUUUUAUUUGACGCUUCGAGGAUACAUGAUUAUUCGUACACGUAGGACAAAACUUAGAUAUAAAUAAAAACGACGAUCUACGCGUAGAGUUCAUUUUAUUUUACUUUAUUUCGUUUGAUAACUUUUUUUUUUUUCUAGACUUUAAAAUUCGCUCAAAAAAAAAAAAAAAAAGAGAAAUAGCAACAAAUAAAAGGGGAAGUAAUUUCGAUCGCGAUAUUUUUCUUUCUAUUUUCCGACGGUGUAGAUCUUUGUUGCGUAGCGUAGACUUUUUUUUUUUUUUUCUUAACGGUAAUCGAGUUUCUCGAUUCUAUUUAGGGUAAAUUACGUUACGACGCACAUGAAAUAUUUGUAUUACUUGAUUUAUUAUUACACCCGCUGUACAUCGAUCAUACAUUAAUAUACGUUUAAUAGAUUUUUUUUAUGAUAAUCUACCAACAGUAUUUUCGCCAUCCUUUAAAUCUUCAUAGUGCCAAUCCUAGAUGAUUUUUCUCGUAAUAUAUAACACAUGAAUAUAUUAUAUUUUAUAACUAUUACUAUUAAUUAUUCGUUUCAAAAAUAUCUGAAUUGCAUGCGUGAUUUGAUUUUGAUUUUUUUUUUUUUCUUUUCAUUUGAUUUCUACAUACCUUCCACACAAGUAUUAUAAGUAUAUUAUUACAUACACCUAAGUGAACUUCGAUUAAAGAGAAAAAAGAAAAGAGAGUAUUUUAACUAAAAAUAUAUAUCUGUAGAUGAAUACGAAAUAAAUUUUGUACAUAUAAUGCGAUUAUAUCGAGACACGAAGAAGAAUAAAAAAAAAAAAAAAAAAAAAAA